AUGUCUGCCAGCGCUUAUGACCGACACAUUACCAUCUUCUCCGACAAUGGCCGUCUAUACCAAGUUGAAUAUGCCUUCAAGGCCAUCACCGCAGCCAACAUCAUGUCAGUAGGCGUCCGAGGAAAGGAUUGCGCCGUUGUCUUGUCGCAGAAGAAGGUGCCAGACAAGCUUAUCGACCCCUCCUCCGUUUCACACAUCUUCCAGAUUUCUCCCUCAGUGGGUUGCGUAAUCACUGGCUCCAUUGCCGAUGCCAGAGCGUUUGCCCAGAGAGCCCAGGGCGAGGCUGCCGAGUUCCGCUACAAGUUUGGAUACGAGAUGCCUGCCGACGUCCUCGCCAAGCGAUUGGCCAACAUUAGCCAAGUUUACACCCAAAGAGCAUACAUGCGUCCUUAUGGUGUUGCUACGACCAUCAUCUCACUCGAUUCCGAGUUCGGCCCACAACUGUACAAGUGCGAUCCCGCCGGAUACUACAUUGGAUAUAAGGGCACCGCGGCUGGCCCCAAACAGCAGGAGGCGCUGAAUCAUCUGGAGAAGAAGCUUCGCAACAAGGAUUGUGCCGAAGGUUCCUGGGAGGAGGUCGUGGAGCUUGCCAUUACGACCCUGAGCACAGUUUUGAGCAUGGAUUUCAAGAAGGGAGAGAUUGAGAUUGGAAUCUGCGGCGGUCCUCGCACUGACGGCAAGGAGGGUACCGAUCCCGCAUUCCGGAUGCUCACCGAGGAGGAGAUUGACGACAGAUUACAAGCUAUUGCGGAGAAGGAUUAG